GAGGCUUUCACCGCUAUCUCUGCUACUCUUCAAUGCCUAUCUAGUUUUGUAGAGCAAAAUACUGGAAUGACAUUACUGGAUAGUCAGUAUCCAGGCCCAAAUGGUAUGCCCUGAGAACACCGGCCGAGCUAUCAAAGCAAGAAUCAGAUCCAUGUGACCUCGGAAUGCACCACACACUUGGCUUAGCUCUCGGUAUUACUAGAUUCUCAGGUCUUUAAAGGUCGGGCACCGCGAUUGUUGUCGCUUUUCAACCUCUUAUCGCAAGAAUACAACUGAGAAAUCGAAGUAAUGGAUAUUGAACAGUUUCGCAAAGCUGGUUAUCAGGCAAUCGAUAGAAUCUGUGAUUACUACUACUCUCUCCAAGGUCGAGCCGUCACCUCGCAGGUGGAACCAGGCUAUCUGAGGAAAGCGCUACCAGCUCUAGCACCCACAUCUGGCGAAGACUUUCAGGAAAUAGCAGAUGACUACCAGAAGCUUAUCAUUCCAGGUCUCACCCACUGGCAGCAUCCUUCCUUCUUCGCAUAUUUCCCAACAGCAUGUACCUUCGAAGGCAUGCUUGGUGAUUUAUAUGCUAGCAGUGCUUGUAAUCCUGGUUUUAAUUGGUCCUGUAGCCCAGCAUGCACAGAGUUAGAAGCUGUAGUAAUGGACUGGGCAGCUCAGCUUAUCGGAUUACAUUCCACAUUUUUAAACACCUCAGAAGUGGGAGGAGGUGUGAUGCAGACUUCUGCUUCUGAUUCGGCAUUGACUGCAGUUGUCGCUGCACGUUCUCGUUAUAUACGCGAAAAUCCUAACGCUCGCAUGGAAGACCUUGUGUUGUAUACUACUACUCAAACGCAUUCUCUUGGUUUGAAGGCAGGUCUGGUGCUCGGACUUGCAUGUCGAGCUUUAGAGGUUACCGCUGAGAACAGCUUUGGACUGCGUGGUGAUACUCUGCGUGCAGCUUUAGAGGAAGACAUUGCAGCGGGUAAGAAGCCAUUCAUCCUUAUUGCCACAGUGGGCACAACGUCAUCUGGUGCGUUUGACUACAUAGAAGAAUUGGGGAGAGUAGCAUCGGACUAUGCUUCUCUUUGGUUACAUGUUGAUGGCGCAUGGGCGGGAGUGUCUAUGGCCUGUCCUGAGUUCCGAGAAAUCUGCCACUUGGAGGCCAUCAAUCGUUAUGCCGACUCUUUCUGCACUAAUUUCCACAAGUGGGGCCUCACUAAUUUUGAUGCUUCGACAUUAUGGGUUCGUGAUCGUAAGGACCUAACCGACGCUCUAGACGUUACGCCCGAGUUUUUACGAACGAAGCACGGUGAUGCGGGGACUGUCAUUGAUUAUCGUAAUUGGCAUCUCGGUUUGGGCAGACGUUUCCGGUCUCUCAAGUUGUGGUUUGUUCUUCGCAGCUAUGGUGUAGAAGGCUUCCAGAAAUAUAUCCGCCAGUCUGUCCAGCUGAACGAAACGUUUGUGUCAAUGAUUCGCUCUUCCCCACAGUUCACUCUGGUCGCGCCACCUUCUCUCGCAUUGACCGUCUUUCGAUUAGAGCCACAGACAACGAAACAGCCUCUCUCCGCCGAGCUCUUAAAUAACUUGAACAGGUUAUUCUAUGGACGUAUCUCAGCACGCAACGAUAUUCUCCUCACACAAACUGUUCUCAAUGGAACAUUCUGUAUCCGCUUUGCCAUCGGAGCUGCACGUACGACGGAGGAGCAUAUCAAACAAGCAUUUGAUAUAUUAUCUGCGGAGGCAGAACUGACGUUGAAACAUUGGGAGGAACCUGCGUGAUGGAUGUGUUUGUUGGGUCCGCUGGAAACUAGAUAUAGCUCAUUUACUAUCCAGAGUCGUCGUAGAAAUCAAAUGAGCGUUAUAUGUUGAAAACAGGCGUAAUCAUUCAGUCGCGAUAUCACCAUAUAGAAGUAAGGUAAUCAUGACUUUGUACGUUGCACGAUAAUCUACUGGUAACAUGUGGGUUUCCGACU